GAAGAAGAAGAAGAGAGCCUCGGUCAAUUCCCGGCUGCAACCCUCUUCGGCUGGACAUGAAAGUGCAGCAGGGCUGCAAUUCAUCAGAAAUGGGCAUCCCCGUUAGAACCGAAGAAGAGCUGCGCAAAAACACCGUUAUAACACCGGAGGAUGUGCUGGGGCUGCAGAAGAUCACAGAGAAUUAUCUUUGCUCUCCUGAGGAAAAUGUCCACAUGAUUGACUUCACUCGGUUUAAAAUCCGUGACAUGGAAACAGGAACGGUCCUUUUUGAGAUCACCAAACCCCCAACACCAGCUGGUUUAAAGCAAUGUGACCCCAACGCCGGCCGAUUUGUCAGAUACCAGUUCACCCCAGCUUUUCUUCAAUUGCGGCAGGUUGGAGCCACAGUGGAGUUCACAGUGGGAGAUACCCCCAUCAACAACUUCCGCAUGAUCGAGAAACACUAUUUCCGCGACAAGCUGCUAAAGAGCUUCGACUUUGAGUUUGGCUUCUGCAUGCCCAGCAGCAAGAACACCUGUGAGCACAUUUACGAGUUCCCCACGCUCUCCGAGGAAAUCAUGCGUGAGAUGAUCCAACAUCCUUAUGAGACACAAUCCGACAGCUUCUACUUUGUGGACAACAAGUUGGUGAUGCACAACAAAGCAGAUUAUUCCUACUGCGGGGGACCGUAGAGAGGCAUCCUACAAUUCCUGUGAUUCAAAACAUUUUCAGGACCAGAGACAACAUGAACUGACGGACAAAUCACGUGCUUUAGAUGCUCAUUUAUCAUCCAUCUUAGCACAACACAUUCCCACACAGGCACUCAACUGCCUGGACAAUCAAAUACCUCCUCCGGAAGAAGCGGAAAAGUCUGCCAAGUUGCAUCAGUGUGUGGGCAGCAUACAUAUCAGUGUCCACAUGCUGCUGAUUUCAGUCUGCAUACGAUGGCUCAUAUUGGUCAUAAAGGAGUUUGUGUUGCAUUUAUUGUGUUAGUUUGCCACCUAAAAACAAAAAGAAAUCAGCUAUGCAAGCCUGAGAAAUAACAUGGUUCCCUUUUUGAAUAUCUUUUAUGGCAUUUUACAAUUAUGAAAGAUUCAUGAGCAAUAGAACCUUAAAGGGAGAUGAUGAGGGGGAAAAAAAUGUUUAAAAAAAAAACUUAAGCAUUUGAGUGAUUGCUGAGAAACCCUAUUUCAGGUUUUUAAUGUCUAAUACUAAAAUGUGACAGAAGCACCUUCACAUAUUUUAAGAAGGUCACUUUCCUACAGAAAAAAUCUACAAUCCUUCUGACCACCCUGGAGCCACAAUCCACAGUAAUGAUAUUACAAUCUGUGAUGAAUGUUUUUAACCGCUUUUUUCUAAUACUUUUGCAGUUCAGGGCAACUCUUCACAGGGAACGGCAUGUCAUUGAAUAUACAGUCCAAAACAAUUCAGUCUGACAUGGUUUACAGAAUGAUCAUCAGUCAUUUAAUCUAAAAAAAGCUGAAUAUUCUAUUUACUUUUGGGGUUCAGGACAAAUUUUUUUUUUUUUUCAAUCAGAUUGAUACAGAGUACUUUUUUAAAUCUCAUUACAAGCACAGACCUGUGCAAAUUUACUAGAAAUUUACAUGACAGAGCAGCAUAAAAAAAUUCACUUUUUUAACAUAUGCAUUUUUGUUCAUGUGAGAAAUACAUUUACAUUAGGGUUACCUGAGUGAAAACAUAAAGACUGCAUUUAUAACUGCAACUAUUUUAGAAUGCUUCAUCUUUCAAUGUCUAGAGACUGAUUUUUUAAUUCUCUGAUUGUUCUGAAAACCACCAGUGUUUGUCAAACACUCUCAAGUCUUAACUUUGACUUGGCUAUUUAAAUACAUGAAAAUGUUUUGAUCUAAACAGUUUUUAUUCUAGCCCUGGCAUUAUAAUUUGGAGCUGUGAGGUUAACUUCUCCCUCAAACUAGUAUUGGGUGCAGCCAGGAUUGCUUUGUUUUAGCGCCAUCUAUCUUCUCAUCAACAAAUUUUCCUGUUGCUGUUAAAUAAUCAUGCUCUACUGUGUGCUGCUCUGUCACAUGAUUCCCAAUGAAAAUAUGACGAAAUAUUUAUGUGUAACUAAGGAAAAAAUUGGAAUAUUUAAUGGGUUUAAAUUGUGAGACACUGCUCAUGUCCUCCUAAUAUUCUGCCUUUCAAUUAUAAAGAUAGAUUUGUCCUAAUAAUAUGACAUCCACCUUGCAUAAAGCAUUUAUUUUUAGUCUGAGUUUGGCAGUGGAGGUUCUGAUAUUUUCUGCCAGCGUUUAGAUAAAAUAGAAUACUUUAUUUGCAACUAUUUAAAAAUGCUUUGUGUGUUGUUGUUUUUUUUUUUUUUUUGUUUGUUUGUUUUGUAUUUCUCUUUUUUUUGGCGAGGAGGGAUGUUAAAACUGAUUAGAUGUAAGUAAAAAAUAAACUACCAUGAACAUAGAUAUCUUCAAUAAAAUAUUACAUUUUAUCACAACCAGAAACACAUUUACAGUUUAUAGAUUGUAUAGAAGUCUUAGGGUAUCUUUACUCCUAGGUUUUUUUAGGUUUUCAUAGCAGACAUAUCUAAGCAAGUCUCUCCUCUGCCUGUGUUCUGUUACUACCCAGGUGAAUGUGUCCUUUGUCUUUCUGAACAUUAGAUUUGUUUCCUGUCUUCUGAUUAACUUGUACCCCUGAGUAUUUCCAUGUAGUCCUUUUAAGAGGAAAAUAUCCACUUCCAGUCAGAGAUCCACAAACAAUCAACAGGUUUUGCAAUGUCAGUGUCUUUUUUCUAUGGUUGAAUUGUUAUUCAUAAAAAACUAAAUUAAAUUUUAAAUAUUAGAAGUAUUUUUCUUAUGUCCAUUUCGGGAAAGUUAAACACAAAGACUCAAAUAUAUUCCUACAUUACCCUACAUGUUUUAAUGAGUGCUGCUGAAAUUUCUUUAACUGGAAAAAUGUAAGUUUCACAGCAGGUUCCUAUGUAAUUUUCUGUUUAAAGGAUAAAAAAGAUUUUUUUCAGUAAGUCUAGGGAACUAAAUUAAGAUAUAAAGGGAACUGUAAACUUACACCAGCUGAGGAACUAAUUUUAAAUCCAACAUUGAUUUAAAGAUGAUAAUUUAAGAUGCUUUGGAUUCGAAAAGACUCAAACUGAGUUGGUUUGGUACCUUCAGGCUCAAAGGCAUUUAAGGAUGCCUCCUGGAGAAGGUUGCAGUCUUGGGCACAAUGACAAGAACCAAGACCAGAGGAUAAGAUACUGAUUAGUCCUGCAUGGUAGCAGCGUAGAGCUGCAGUACUUCCUUGCUGUCAGUGUUAGUGGUUCAUUGCAGCAAGUGGAUGAAAUAAUGAAGAAAGGCUCUAGUUUCCUUAGCUUCACCAAAUAUUAGGGGGAGGUGUCUUUAUAUUUGGGCCUGUGUGUUUCAAUUGGAUUAUGCCUAAAUAAAAGAAAAUUUACAAAAAGUUCUUAUCAAUGAACCCAAUUGUUUCUUUUAUUUGAGGGAAAGAAAAAAACUGUCUAAAUAAAUCACUAAAACCCCCAAAGUAAUCUAGCAGUGAUGCAAAUUGUUCAUAUAUGUAACCUUCUGACCACAAUCACGUAUUUGAAGCAGUUUUGAUAUGGUACUUUCUGUCUUAAUGAACACUGUGUUAACCUUGAUGCUGAUAAAUGUCUUCAACUGACCAAAA